AUAAGCGGCAGUUUAGGGUAUUCCAAUACUGCACCAGGCAGAAAAGGUUUCAAAAUACAAAAAGGAAGAGAAAAGCUAAGGCGCUGUAUAUCUUUUCUACACUCAACUAGUGAGGCAUCUCAUAAAACUCACUGUUACGUUCUGUUUGAUUAAAAGUGAUUUAUUUUAAUUCGUAGAGUGUACAUCUCCGGCUCCCCGAAGUCGAAACGAAAAGCGAAUCAGCUCAGCUCUGGAAUUGGCGCGAAAAAUCACCAUGUACAACAACCGCUACAAGGCGGCCGGGAUAAUCGGGCAGGAGACUGAGGUCCAGCCAGCUCCUUCACUCAAACCCAGGACCCCCGUUCAACCAUAUCCGUACUUUCCGUGGCAGCCUAAAGGAGACUGUUUGUCCAGUACUAAGGCGCGUUUGUAUGAACCGAAACCUGUGAAAGAGCAAGAACUGAAGAAGUCUUUUUCCCAGAUGUCCCUGGAAGAAAGGAAAAUCAAGAAAGUCAGUCAAAAGAACUCCACGCGAAAGAAAACGGUGUCCGCGGCGGCUGCUGAACGUACAAACUGGCAACAAACAGAGGAACAAAUGGCGUGUCCGUCCAGCAAACGAGAAAUUCAAGAGCUCGAACCAACAAAUACUACUCAGUUCCAGUCUCCGAGGCUGCCCGCGACUACAGAGCUUAGUACACCGGACAAUCACGUGCAACCCGCGCCACUUGUGGGGCCCAGACCCAUGAAGAAAUACACCGGCAAUGGACAGGCGCCACUAAACAGGAAUCCUACUGGUUUGAGGCCAAGCGCAAUUGACAGAUUCAACCCUUUAACGAAGCCCAGUUCUACAUUGGUGGACACCCCUCGUUUCACAAGUAACAAUCCUACUCUAGUGACCGGACGCCAUUCACCUGUUUACGUGGCUGUACCUGUUGACAGACCCCCCGUGAAGCUCAAGCCCAGGAUUCGUGCCACUGCGCAGGACACGAAGGACAUAUCUACCAUAAACGAGCUGAGGAGCAAACUGUUAAAUGUCGACGACUCGGGAACAUUAGUCACGUAUGCUUUACAGAACCACGAAGAGGACGAGCGGCCCGCUCCAAGCAGCAGUGAGAGCGAGAAAGAUGGUACAGCUUUUGCCACUGAGCAUGCUCCGUCCGUCAGCCCGCGGAGGAAGAGAAACGAAGCUGACGGCGUUACUAUGGCAACUGGUUUGAUCCCCUGGGAAGACGAAAGUAUUCAACAUGUUGGCUUUGUGACUGGAAAACAUGGCAGGAAGUCCCAGUCUCCAGGGAUAUCUCCCGGGAUAGUCCAAAUUGGGAAGGGACUCGAAGAAGUGGGGCCUUUUUCUGGUGACUCAAAGAGGUCCACUACGCUUAAUAAAUCACCUCAAAGUCCUCCCAGAAAUCAGGAAACGGGGGCAGCGCCGUCAACAAUUUCGCUGACUUUCCAGUUCGGCUCCGGCGCCUCACCUCGAGAGCAAAGUUCUUCUCCGCCUCAGAGACCCGCGAUCUUCCCACCGCAGCUGAAAAACUUCUUCAGACCUCACGGACCGCCACACAGAUAGCAGUGGUCAGCGGGAUCACUUGAACGAAUGUUAAACAGUCGGUUGAGCCCGCGACAAAUGGUCUGAGCCCGCAAUCUUUUUCAAAGUAGUUGCUUGGCAACGUUGGUCUUAUGAGGUCAACAUAACGUGGCACCUUACAGAGUGUUCGCUAUUGAGCGCAUUGAUCUUUGAUUGGUGGUUUGAAGCAUUGGGAAUUGUUCAAAUGUUACCGAACAUUUGCCAGGAAAACGUCAUUUGACUUUAUUUUGACAAGCAAACCGAAGAACGAGAGAAUGAAGAGAAUACACCUGUCGCGUUUUAAAACUAAUGGAUAGAAGAAGAGAACACCAUGUUUUAUUUGUCAUAGAACCUCUAACUUGUGAUCAGGCGUUCUUCUCUUUCGCCGUGAAAAACCCGCCUGAUCGCCGAUAGUUAAGCCACAGAUCAGAAACUUCGAUUCGAUUGUUGAAGCAGGUGGUACAAUACAAUGUAAUAACUUUUAUUUCAUCUCAAAUUUAAGAUAGCAAGAUUGUUAAUUAAUAUAUUCGAGAAAUAAUGUGGUUAUCUUUUACCGACCAGUCCAGGACGAAUCAAGACACUUAGAAAUGGAUAGUGAAGCUUUCACACGACAUUUCAGUGUUGCUCGUUAUUACUUUCCGCAGAUCUGAUGGUAAUUUAGACAUCACAUGCAGCCGCGAGCAAUACAGUUGCCCCGCUCACUUGAUAUUUUAUGUCACAAGACGCACGGUUGAAGAAGUUCAGUGACUGCUUUGUUUGAAUGAGUCAAAUUUAUUUUCUGUACAUUAAAAUUGGAAGCAAAGUGUUUUACAAUGAA